ACUCAAGAUGGCUCCCGUUUUAGAGAAGAAGCUACUGGGCGCAGUCGGGACAGGCGACACUAUGGAAAACAGCAACGAGGAUGAUGAAGGACAAAACCUCUGGUCUUCAAUCCUCAGCGAAGUUUCCACACGCUCGAGCUCUAAGUUGCCUUCUGGGAAAAAUGUUUUGCUUUUCGGGGAGGAUGGGUCAGGAAAGACUACGCUUAUGUCAAAACUCCAAGGAGCCGAGCACAAUAAGAAAGGUAGAGGGCUGGAAUACUUGUACCUGAACGUCCAAGAUGAAGACAUCGAUGAUUUGACUCGCUGUAGUGUCUGGAUCCUGGAUGGCGAUUUGUAUCACAAAGGCUUGCUGAAGUUUGCAGUGACCGCAGAGUCGUUGAAGGACAGUCUGGCCGUGUUUGUAGUGGACAUGUCACGUCCUUGGACCAUCAUGGAGUCGUUGCAGAAGUGGACGAGUGUGCUGCGUGAACAUGUAGACAAACUGAGGAUCCCACCUGAGGAGAUGAGAGAGAUGGAGCAAAGAAUGGUGAAGGCUUUCCAGGAGUAUGUAGAGCCAGAAGAAGCCACACCAGGCUCACCUCAGAGACGAGCCCCAGCAGCCGCAGGAGAAGAUGAGAGUGUGCUGCUGCCCUUAGCAGACAACGUCCUCACGCACAACCUGGGCAUUCCCAUGCUCAUCGUAUGCACAAAGUGUGAUGCUGUCAAUGUACUGGAAAAGGAGCAUGACUACAAAGAGGAGCAUUUUGACUUCAUUCAGUCACACAUCCGGCGGUUCUGUCUACAGUAUGGAGCUGGUUUGAUUUACACUUCAGUCAAAGAGGAGAAGAACCUGGACCUUCUCUACAAAUACAUGGUGCACAAAAUAUAUGACUUCCAGUUUUCAUCGCCUGCCUUAGUGGUGGAGAAGGACGCAGUGUUCAUUCCAUCAGGAUGGGACAAUGACAAGAAAAUUUGCAUCUUGCAUGAAAACUUCACAACGGUUCGACCUGAAGAUCCCUUUGAGGACUUUAUAACAAAACCACCUGUACGAAAGUUGGUGCAUGACAAGGAAAUCAGUGCUGAGGAUGAGCAGGUCUUCCUUAUGAAGCAACAGUCUUUGUUAGCCAAGCAGCCGGCCACACCCACAAGAGGAACAGAGUCUCCUGCCCGGACUGCGUCUGGUUCACCUCGGCCGACAGGUCGGACAGGACCCACAAAUGUGGCUAGCGUCUCGCCCAUGACCGCGGUAAAGAAACCAGACCCCAACAUGAAAGGAGCUGCUGCAAAUGAGGGAGUGCUGGCCAACUUCUUCAACAGUCUGCUGAGUAAAAAGACAGGUGUUCCGGGCAGUCCUGGGACUCCAGGGGCAGGAGCAGGAGCAGGAACAGGAACGGGUGUACAAGGCUCUGCAAAGAAAACAGGGCAGAAGCCGGGUUUGACUGACGUCCAAGCAGAGCUGGACCGAAUGACUCGUAAACCCGAUUCCCUGGUAACGGCCAACAAUACCCCAGCGACAGAGAACGAGGCAUGAGUGCACCAACAGCAUUGUCCGCUCUGGAAAUCAAUAUGUAACGAUAUAACA